AGGCAAUGAAGUAUCGUUAUCUUCCCUCGCUACAAUGUUGGUUCAAUGUUGGGGUAGGACGACUAUUUGCAUUGAAAUACAAAGACACAUCCUGACUGCAUUUCGUACAACACGAUAACAAACUUUCUUUCCAAUGUUAUCAAAAUGUCGUCGGAAAUAUCAGCAAAUGCAAGGCAAGAUUUGAAUGAGAAAAGUGGCAAAGAUCAAGAUGCUGAGAUCAAAGUGGGAACGCAACACAUGCAAGAAUUGGAGGUUGACGUUGGAAAAAUACUCAAUGAUGAAGGGCUGGAUGAUAUAGAAGGCGAUACAUCGCCAUAUCCUGAAGUCAGAGCCGUAGUUCCAGAUGUCGACGAUCAAGCCAUUCCUGUCAAUACUUUGAGGAUGUGGAUUUUAGGGUUUGCUUUCACUAUGAUUGGUGCUGGCAUCAAUCAAUUCUUCAGUCUUCGUUACCCCUCGGUUCAUAUUGUUGCACUCGUUGCUGAACUUCUGGCAAUGCCUUUUGGCAUACUUUUGGCAAAGAUUUUACCCCUCUACACUCUUAAUCUCGGGCCUCUGGGGAAAUGGUGUAUCAACCCCGACAGGCAUUUCAAUAUCAAGGAGCAUACUGUGGUAACUAUCAUGAGUAAUGUCAGCUUUGGCUAUGGAAGCGCAGACUCAACGAGUAUUAUUCAAGCUGCAAAAGCAUUUUACAACUUUGAUUUGAAGCCUGGCUUCUCGAUUCUUAUCGUCCUUUGUUGUCAAAUGAUGGGCUUCGGGGUUGCGGGACUAUCUUCGCCUUGGUUGGUAGAACCUGCGUCUAUAAUUUGGCCAGGAGUGCUGUCUAAUUGCGCUUUACUUUCCACAUUACAUUCUCGAGCAAAUGCAAUCGCCAAUGGUUGGAAAAUUAGUCGAUUGCGAUUCUUUAUGUAUGUUAUGGUUGGAGCGGGAAUCUGGUACUUCUUUCCCGGUUUAAUAUUUGUGGCUCUCUCAUAUUUCACUUGGGUCUGUUGGAUUGCACCAAACAACCUGAUCGUCAACCAUCUGUUCGGAAUGGUUACAGGUCUCGGAUUGAGUCCAAUCACAUUUGAUUGGUCACAGGUAGCAUACAACACAAAUCCUCUGCUCUCGCCAGCGUGGGCCGCUGUGAACGUGUUCGGUGGUUUUGUUAUUUUCUUCUGGAUUGUUACCCCUGGUCUUUAUUAUUCAAACGUAUGGUACACAGCCUAUCUUCCACUUUGUUCGGCUGAUGUAUACGAUAACACUGCAUCCCUAUACAACGUUUCUCGCAUCAUGACUUCGUCGAAUACCUUGAACGCAACUGCAUACGCCGAAUAUUCACCUGCAUACCUUCCUGCUACAUUUGCUUUUGUAUAUGGUAUAUCUUUCGCAGCCAUUACAGCUGUUCCAGUGCACAUAUACCUCUGGCAUGGCACUCAGAUUCUCGAUGCAUUUGCUGGCCGAACUAAAUUGGAUAUCCAUGCUCGUUUGAUGCGCCUCUACUCACGGACUCCCUGGUAUUGGUAUGGGGCUAUCACCAUUAUAAUGCUUGCAUUAGGUAUUGUGAUGGUCGAAGUCUACGAUACGACCUUGCCGUGGUGGGCUGUUAUACUAGCAGUAAUCAUACCGGCAUUUUACAUGAUUCCAUGUGGUAUUAUUCAGGGGAUAACCAACGUAGAUGCCAAUCAACUCAAUGUUCUAGCCGAAUUCAUUGGUGGAUACAUGUUUACUGGACGACCAUUAGCGAACAUAAUUUUUAAGGUUCUCUCUACUGAUGUAGUGGGCCAAGGCCUGUACUUCGCUCAAGAUAUGAAACUAGGUCAUUAUAUGAAAGUGCCGCCUCGAACUCUUUUUUUCGCACAAGGAAGUGCCACUAUUCUUGGGGCUCUUACACAAGUUGGAGUGACUCUAUGGAUGCUCGGUAAUGUCAAAGAUAUCUGCUCGGAAGAUCAGUCGAAUGGUUUUACGUGUCCAAAUGGCCGUACAACCUUUUCUUCCUCCGUCAUUUGGGGUGCAAUUGGACCAGGACGAGUAUAUUCUAUUGGUAAAAUUUAUUCUGGCCUGCUGCACUUCUUUUGGAUCGGCGCACUUAUGCCGGUAAUCACGUGGGUUGUGUGGAAAUAUUGGAGGAAGGGUAACGGUGAAGAGAGAAGCUGGAUACGACUUAUCAACUGGCCGUUGAUAUUUGUUGGAACUUAUAAUGUGCCACCUGCUACGGGCAUCAACUAUAGUAGUUGGGCACUGGUAAAUUUGACAUUCAACUGGUGGAUCAAAGCAAAAUGGUUUGCGUGGUGGUCCAAGUACAAUUACGUCUUAGCAGCUGCACUGGAUACGGGUCUUGCACUUUCAGCAAUUAUAAUAUUCUUCUGCAUUACAUAUCCUGGAGCUCAAUUUCCAGAUUGGUGGGGCAAUACAGUUUACCUCAACACGGCAGAUGGAAAUGGUCUUCCAUGGCUUUCAUUACCUGAAAGUGGUAGAUUUGGCCCGGCAAAUGGAACAUGGAGCUGAAGUUCUCAAAUCUUAAGCUAGGGAACGAAAUCUUGUGAUGGAGUCUUGACGCUGAGAGUCUGUGUGAAGUAAAAAAGAUGAAAUUUAUAAUCAACAUCGGAGACCCUGGCACACCCCCUCGAUUUGCACACCCAACUACGAUAUGGGAGUAGUUCGCUAGGAUAUCUGAGCAAAAAAAAGCAAAAAACAUACAACAGUAGGGAUUCGCUGGUGGUCACCCACCCAACUACUAAUCUACCGAUCUGAGGCUUGUGUAUGGCAGAGCGGACGGGAUGCCCAAUUCUCCUCAGUCUAUGGUCGUAUGUGACAAGAAUGGGCGGAUUUGACUAUAUGUACCUCACUUAGCACCCUAGCAUGCUGUGUCAUCGUACUACCUAGUUAGAGAGGAGGGGAAAUGUUGUACAUAUUGAUGGAAGGUUCUUUGCCAACUUAUUUAUACUGUGAUGCUUAGGACUAUGGAGCGCAUGUAGAUUGUGAUAACUUCUUAACUGAUAGCAACUGAAAACGAAUGGCUACUUCCAACCACACAAUCAGCUUUUCAC